AUGGAAGCUCAGGACAUUGUGUCAUGGGUAGCAACAGUGUGCACCAUUGGAGUGUCACUUGUUGGACUUGAAAUCUGUGCCAAAAUUGCACGUAAAGGGAGUCCUGGUGAUAUUUCAUUCAUUCCAUUCCUCAUCAUGUUUAUCAGUGCCUGCCUAUGGUUAAAGUAUGGUCUUCUGCGCAGGGUAUAUUCCAUUGUAUUUGUCAAUUCAGUUGCAGCUCUAUUACAGAGCAUGUACAUGUGUAUUUAUUAUCUAUAUAGUUUACAGAGGGCACAUCUCCACCGAAUGUUGACCAUAGGAUUGCUGUUUUUAUUCAUUCCUCUUGUCUACAUUAAAUACUAUGUGCCUGAUGAAUCAAGUGCCAUUAAUCUCUUAGGGACCAUAUGCUGCUGUAUAACUGUCAUAUCAUACGGUUCUCCACUUGCCUCAGUGGCCCAUGUAAUUAAGACCAAAAGCACAGAGUGUAUGUCUUUUUCACUGACAACUGCCAACUUCAUUGUUUCUCUUGAAUGGUUGUUUUAUGGAUCUUUGUUAAAAGAUGUAUAUGUCCAGAUGCCAAAUAUGUUUGGUGCUCUACUUUGCCUUAUACAAUUUGCCCUUUUCUUUAAAUAUCCUGCAAAACCUCGGCCGAUCACGUCCAUUACCACUUGA